GUACGAAAACGAGAUCCGUUAAAUUCGGUUAAAAUAAUAAUGAAGUUCGCUAUUGCCCUGUGCCUGCUGUUGGCCACCAGUGGCUUUGCCCUGGUGCCCAAGCAUUCCGGCGACUUGAUUUCCAUGCUGACCCGCCAGCAGUUCGCCGUGCGCACUUUAAUGGCCGCUCCCGAAGCUCGGGACGAAUCCACCCUGAUCUCCGACUGCUUCAACCACUAUCUGGAGGAGCAGACCAAUGUGAUCAUGGGCUACAACCAGCAGUACACCGGAUGCCUGAGGACCGCCCAGAUGGGCCGGGAUGAGCUCACCAACGAGAGUGCCUCGGAGCGAGAGGCCCUCCUGGAUCGCACCAACUCCAUGUGCUCCAGCCUGACGAAGUGCGACGAACUCGUGGAUGGCCUGAAGUUCUUCGACUGCUACCGCAAUGCCUCCUCUGACAGCUACAAGGUGAUGUUUACCCUGAACAGUGAUUCCAGCCUGGAUUUCAACCGCAUCAGCGCCAAAUACAGCGUGAUCGAGACCGAUCUUACCGCCUGUGUGGAUAUGGCUCGCGUUGAUUAUGCCCACGACAUGGACAGCUGUGAUGAGAGUCUAACUGUCUGCCUGAACGGAGGCGAGUCUCCGAGCACAGCUGCACCCACCACCGCUGCUCCCACUACCGCUGCUCCCACCACCGCUGCUCCCACCACUGCCGCUCCAACUACAGCUGCUCCCACCACAGCUGCUCCCACCACUGCUGCUCCCACCACAGCUGAUCCCACCACAGCUGCUCCCACCACAGCUGAUCCCACCACAGCUGCUCCCACCACAGCUGCUCCCACCACAGCUGCUCCCACCACAGCUGCUCCCACCACAGCUGCUCCCACCACAGCUGCUCCCACCACUGCUGCUCCUACCACAGCUGCUCCCACAACGGAUGCUCCCACCACAGCUGCUCCCACCACAGCUGCUCCCACCACAGCUGCUCCCACCACAGCUGCUCCCACCACAGAUGAUCCCACCACAGCUGCUCCCACCACAGCUGCUCCCACCACAGCUGGUCCCACCACAGCUGCUCCCACAACGGAUGCUCCCACCACAGCAGCUCCCACCACAGCUGCUCCCACCACAGCUGCCCCCACCACAGCUGCUCCCACCACCGCUGCUCCUACCACAGCUGCUCCCACCACAGCUGCACCCACCACUGCAGCUCCCACCACUGCUGCUCCUACUACCGUUGCUCCCACCACCGAGCGGCCACCAGAGGAAGACAUCAACAGAUCUAUUCCCUUGUCCCGGAGUGGAGUUUUGAACCUAAUGAAGCGCUUCUUCUAAUCGUAAAAGCUUAUAAAUUAUUUAUUGCAUUCACUUGAAGAUUUUAAGUGCCGUAAAAGUCACAAUAAAAGCGGUUGCGUAAAUAACGUAGAA